CAACAUGUUGGACACCAUGUUGCUGAGGAAUGGAUGGAAACACGGAUCCGAGCGAAGGACGGACGAGAGCAACAGCAGCACGGACACAGUUUUCCCUCAGAACAUUCUCCUGUGUCACUGCAACCACCACUGUCCUGAGAACUCCGUCAACAACACCUGCAUAACAAACGGCUACUGCUUCACCAUGGUGGAGGAGGAGGAGGGGGGAGUGGUGGUCCUGACCGCAGGUUGUUUAGGAUUGGCUGGAUCUGAGUUCCAGUGCAGGGAUACGGGGAAGGCACGUUCCAGGAGAGCUUUGGAGUGUUGCACAGAUCAGGACUACUGCAACAGGGAUUUACAUCCGACUCUUCCUCCGCUGGUGACGUCAGGUAUGACACCAGGACCGGCUCACGACUGAAAUCCUGCCCCGCUUUUAAGAUGGAGAGGCUUUUAGAAGGGGAUGAUGGGUAGUGACAGUUUAAACUGUUACAAACCACAGUGUGGUGCUGGAGUAAAGUGGCACAUGCUGCUUCAGGGGGCAGGGGGGGUUAAGAGAGGUGGUGGUGGGGGAGACAGUGAAGGAGAGAGGGGCAGGUGAAACAGAGCUGGCAGACUUGGCUUGUUCUCUCACCCUCUAAUGAAAAGGACAGCCCUUCCCCAGGGCCUGCUUGAGUUUCUUGCCUCAGUGCGGAUGUGAGAUAUCUGUCCAUCUGUCCCCGAGGAAGACACCAUCACACACACACACACACACACACACACAGAGGAAUGGACAUAGGCACAAGGCAAAUGAGUCCAUUUUAUCUUUUGUUUUUGAAGAGGA